AUGAGACUAAUCUCUAAGCAGAAAGGUAAGAAGACCUCAAAAAGUCCAUCAAUUGAAAUAACCUUCAGUAGUUGCGUUAGAGACAAGCCUCAAAAACCAGUCAAGGAUAAUUUUACACAGUGCUAUUGUUGUGGAACGUUGCUCAAGCAUCCAGCAACUGUAGAGAAAUUCAAGUGUUCAAUCUGUCAAUGCACUGUAGCAACAGUGCAAGGAGGAUCGGAAAACUCCCACCAACCAAGAAACUCAGCAAGCUUAAAACAGCUACUGAAGGUUGUUGAAAAUUGUUGCACAAAUCUCAAACAUGUUUCACGGCCCAUCACCUCCUUUAAAAGACAUGAAAUUUUUUCGCCCGUUGAAGAAUACCUCGCCACUGUGUUCAGCGAUACAUCGAAUUUGAAUGAAUCUUUUAUUGGCAAGGAUCACAACAACAUUAUUGAUUAUGAUUCCGUUUCGAAGUUUUAUAAGGUGAUACUGGAAUUACCCACCAAACGUCCUUUUUACAAACUGACGGUACUUUGCAAUGAGCUUUUGAAGAAACCUCGCAUGAGAGUAGGAAGGGAUACUCAUCCAACUAGUGCAAUUUUAAAAUUGAGAUGGAUAUUCAUUAUUCUUCAGAUACCGAUUUUGAAAGAUGGCUUGAUAACUCGAGACAAUGCAUCUCGUUUAGAGUUUGUCAGCCCUCAAUUGCGAGCUAUAUUAUAUGAAAUCAUCAAAAGAUGCAUUGGCUAUCUCUCAUCGGUAAAUUCAGAAACGGGCAAGCAAUAUGUUCAUUAUCUCAAAAGACUUGAUAAAUUGCACUUUUGUGAACACGUUGAUCUGAUCAAUCUCUACAUCACAUUUCAUUUUACUCGUAUUUUGCAAUCACGUCUUGCUUUAAAAAGGGAUUUAAAUAGUCCAGGGUUUGACGAGUUUCACGAUUCUGAGAAACUUAAUCCUUCAAUAAGAGAAGUGCCGGCAGAAUCGAUCCCAAGGGCUGUUAACAAUUUUCUGAGGCCUUCACAUGAUUCGAAACAUGUCCUACCUGCUUCUUUCAAGUUCAAGAUUGCGGACUAUGGUAACGACUGGCACAUAAGAACUGCAAGUAGAUUGGCCCUUUUCUAUUUUGCUGCGAAUCAGUCUAAGAAAAAGUGUUCUAUCUCGAGAUUUUACAAUACUAUGGUCGACUUCAUAGACUACAAAAAAGAUUUCGACCAAUGGAAAACUAUGCAGAAAGUUACCUUAUCCGAGCGAGAAAUUUCGAAGAGGAAUAACUUUGAUGACACUUCGUUGAUACUUGGCGACUUUUAUUCAAAAAAGCAAUCCAUGAGUCAGUUCACUAUGUGUCAAUUCUUCUACUUGCUUUCUCUAGGAAUGAAAAUCUCCAUCAUGGAUUAUGAAACACGGCGUAUAAUGGAAUACAAUGCCGAGCAAGCUUUCCUUAAGGCGCUUGAUAAAAAGCUCGCCGUUGAUGUGUAUAUGAGAAUAAAAGUACGUCGCGACCAUCUUUCACAAGAUUCUUUGCGAUGCAUUAAAGGUCAUCAGAUGGAUUUGAAAAAAUCUUUAAAAGUUGAGUUCGUUGAUGAACCUGGUAUAGAUGCUGGUGGCCUUCGCAAAGAGUGGUUUCUCUUGUUGACAAGAGAGUUGUUUAACCCAAAGAAUGGACUGUUCAUCUAUGUGGCUGAAAGCCGAUUAUCUUGGUUUAAUAGUAUGGCUGAUGUUGUGCAAGGAGCUAGAGUUGACACAUUAGAGCUCUUUUACCUUUUUGGAGUAGUAUUGGGCCUUGCGAUUUACAAUGGCACAAUUCUGGAUCUGUCGUUUCCUUCGGCGAUGUAUAAGAAGCUUUGUCACGAGCCGCUUUCAAAGGACGACUUUAUGGAGUUAUAUCCUGAUACUGGUCGAAACUUGUUGAAAAUGUUGGAUUACAAGGGUGAGGAUUUUGAAGAUGUGUUCGGGCUAACUUUUGAAGUUAAUUAUCUUAACCCAUUGACCUCCAAAGUUAAUAGAAAGGAACUAUGCCCAGGAGGUGCUGAUAGAAGCGUCACGCUGGAUAACAGGCAUGAGUAUGUGAAACUAUGGAUGGAUUUCUAUAUGAAUAAGUCAAUCAAGGCGAGCUUUGAGAGUUUUUUCAGAGGGUUCAGGCGUGUUAUAGAAAGCGACUCUUUCAAACUAUUUAGCUCGGAAGAAUUGGAACAAUUACUAUGCGGAAGUCAAGAGAAAGAUAUAGAUGUGGAGCUAUUAAGGACAGUCACCAAAUAUGGUCCGGGUUGGUCUCCUGGGCACCACAUUAUUGAGUGGUUUUGGAAGCUGUUCAUUAGUUUUAGCUACGGGCAGAAAAAGAAGUUACUUCAGUUUGUAACUGGAUCUGAUAGGGUCCCUGCCACGGGUGUAGCGACCAUACCAUUCAAAAUCACCAGACUGGGAGCGGAUAGUGAGAAGUUACCCUUAGCACAUACAUGCUUCAACGAAUUAUGUCUUUACGAAUACAGUUCAAAAGAAAGACUCGAGAACAAACUGACACUUGCGAUAAAUGAAUCUGAAGGUUAUGGAUUUAGAUAA